AUGACUCCAGGCAGCGAUACGCUGUCACAACGCGGCGCUGUGUACGCGACCCCGCCGAACCCUAUGGGAAACUACAAGGAGCUCCCAUAUGACAUUUACGACCCCGAGACGAAUCCCGCCGGCUACAUCAAUAUCGGGACAUCUGACAAUGUCCAUGCUAUGGCUCCCGAGGUUUCUGCGCACCUGGACGAAAAUCCCCUCAAACUUAGACCAGCCGAGUUCAUAUAUCUCAAGCCAUACAAAUCUGUGAAUGCAGAUGAUCUCUACGUCGCCAACGGUUGCGGCUCAGUUUGCGAAGCUCUGGGUUACACUAUCUUCGAUGAACAUGACGCCUUGCUCAUCCCACAACCCAGUUACGUUGGAUUUCCUCACGAUUUUGGUGCCAAGUCCAAGGUUGACCUCUAUCACGUCCCCUUUCACGGGACUGACCAAUUCUUGCCGUCCUGUAUCGCCAAGUACGAAGCUGCCCUCGCCUCUGCUACAGCAUCCGGCAUAAAAAUCCGUGCUGUGAUGCUCUGCAACCCGCACAAUCCCUUGGGACGUUGCUACUCCAUCGAUACCAUCACCGCCAUCAUGCGCUUCUGCAACAAGCAUUGCCUCCACCUCAUCUCGGACGAGAUUUACGCUACUUCCAUCUAUGACCCUGGACCCUAUUGUUCCGAACCACCCACACCGUUCACCUCCGUUCUCAGCAUCGACUAUGAUCAGCAUAUCGACCCGAACCUGUUGCACGUCAUGUACGGCUUGAGCAAGGAUUUCGCAGCGAGCGGUAUUCGCAUCGGCUGCCUGCUUGUGCGGAACCGUGCGUUGAUGAACGCGCUACUUGCCGUCAGCCAGUCACACUGGCCAGGUAUUGCGGACCAGACCAUUGGUAUCUCUAUGCUAGAGGACUGGGAUUGGCUCGAGCGGUUCAGAAGGCUGAACGCGGAGGUGUUGGCUGAGCGAAGCUCGCUUCUGAGAAAUGCUCUCGAUGAGCAGGGUAUACCGUAUGAUAGCCGUGCCAAUGCGGGGUUCUUCUUGUGGGCAGACUUGCGGAAAUGGUUGCCGAAUGUUGAUGAGAAGGGGCAGAGUGUGGAAGGAUGGGAGAGUGAGAGGUUGUUGGUGAGGCUGCUGAAAGCGAAGAAAGUCAUCUUAACAGCGGGUGAGGACCAGGCGGCAGAAAGCCCGGGAUUUUUUCGAGUUGUUUUCAGUCAGCGGGAAGAGGUGCUCAAAGAAGGCUUGAAGAGAGUAUUCAAAGUACUCAGUGAGGUUUCUGGUGGGCACGCAUAA